AUGGACCGCACAGCAUUCAACACUCAGCAGGUCAAUUUUCUGAAGGAGAUAUACUCUAAGGAAGAAAAGUACCGCAAUGAGUUUCUGGACAAAGUAGAUGCCGCAGAGCGUGCUGCAGGGGGGGGCACCGCCGACUUCGAGGACGAUCUGGAGGAGACCCCCCACACAGGAAGAGGGGGGGCAGCUACCAGUGUGAGCAGCCAAAGCCGGCGGGGGUGUGAGCCCAGGUCAGCAGAGGAGGCCAUCCAGGGGGAGAUCUCUAAGAACCUUUGGCGGCGUGUGAACCCCGGGUACGUGGAGCCGCGGCGGGACCAGAUGGUGAGCACCGGCAAGACGGCCUUCGUGUAUGAGCCCGACGAGAUCGAGCCUGUGUCGCGCGAGCACUUCCGCAAGCGCGACACGUUCACGCAGUACGUGGAGGCGUCCUCGCGCUACAAGCUGCUCAUGAAGGCCAAGGGAGCCGACGCCGGGCCGCCCUCACCGCCCGCAGCAGCCCGCGCACCCGCCCAGCCGAAAGCGGCAGACAAGCCAGCAAGCGCGUAG